GCAAAAUAUGGAUACCAAGCUUUGUGCAUUUCUUGUUUGGAUGACAGUGCCAUUUUACUUGAUAUCAGCAUAUGAAGAAUACUUUUAUCUACUUCGCCCUAAAAAUCUCACAGUGACGAUGGUUAAUAGGACAUUAUUGCUGUCUUGGAACUGCAAUAUUCCUAAAGAAAUACUGAGUAACACAUCUUUUAAGAUUUUUGAAAAAGAUUAUGAAUCGUGGAAUAAGGAAAGUUUAUAUAAGGUGGAUUCUAACAUCAGGCAGCAGAACUUACCUCUACAACUAGAAGCUGAUCUGAAAGUUAUGACAGUUUUAAAUGGCAGAGAAAAUGAUAAUAUGUCGGAAGUAAUUUCUUUUAAAGAUCAAGGAUUAAAUGGGACAAAAGCAGAAAAUUUGUCCUGCAAGUUGCAAAAUAUUACUAUGAGUUGCACUUGGGCUUUUGGCAAAAAUGCCCCAGAAGACACAGUUUACUCACUUUACUUACAACAAGAUGAUGAAGAAAUAAAGUGCCAAAAUUCUGCAAUCAAUAAAAAUAGAAGAGUCGAAUGCAUAUUUCAAAAUCUUAAAAUUAAAUAUUUUGAAGACGCAAGAUUUAUAAUUGAGGGAACAAGUAAAGAAAAAAUACAGCUAUUUAUAGAUAUCUUUUCACCAGCAAAAGCAGAACUCUUCAAUCCACCAUUAAUUACAAAUUAUUCUACCCAAACUAUAAUCGAUUUGAAGUGGAGACAACCAUAUACUGUGUAUAAUGCAGCUAAGACGUGCUUUGAAUAUGAGAUUCAAAUAAAUACUACAAAACUGAAAUCAUACACAGUAAAUGGAUGGAAUGAACUUAAUAUAAGUAGACCCAGUUCAAAAGAGAAAUGUUUAAUAAAUAUUCGAGCCCGGGGAAUUGAUUCAUGUACAAUGAGUACUCAGUGGGGACAAUGGAGUAAUACAGUAAGCUGUGAUAAAGAUGUGGAAGAAUCCAUGGUCACCGAGGUCAUGCUUUUCUCUUUUGUGGCAACUGGUAUAAUAGCAGUAAUGGUAAUACUGCUUUUACUUUGUAUAAGAUUCAAAAUAUUAAGCAUCUUGUUUCCUUCAAUUCCACAACCGAAGCAAAAAUUUAGGAAUAUUGAUCACUGUGGCAGUAACCAAAUGUGUAAAUGCAUUGAACGGAUUGAGAUUCCAAUAAUGCAUGGAAUAGAAUAAACACCUUUAUCAGAGAGAUAUUGUUAUAAAGAACUGGAUAUCUACAAUUGAUAUAAAAGAAUAUAGUACCAAACCAUACUUACUGGUACAAUACAAAAAUAAAGAAAAAAAAGUAUGAAGAUUACUCACAAUUAACUUACAUUUUCAUUAAAUUGUUAAAAUGUUAAUGCAUUAUUUACAAAAUAAUAAUACAAAUAGUAUAAUUGGUAAAAAGAAAAGCAAUAAUGAACUUUUAAGAGAUUACCACAGCAAAUGCAUGCCAGAGGAUCUCACCAUGUGGUAUAAUAUGUGCUUAUUCUGCAAUUUUUCCCCAAACAUGAAAGACAGCUCCACUCUAUUUAUUUAGAAGGCACCAACAUGUUAAACAAUGCUAUACAUGGAAUCAUUAAAAAUCACAAAAACAAA